AUGCCCCCAGACGACGCUCCCCGGUUUGCUUUCGUGUCCGAGUUCAAUCAAGCAGAUGCCCGAAGCCAUGCGAUGCGCGAGCACUGGAGACAACGACACAGCCGCAACAAUAGUGGCAAGCACAAGAGGAUUCAGCCAAGACUUCUACCCAGUCCGAUAUCUUCGUCUUCUGCAGACCGAGUGCAAAAAUCCAGAGAUCAAUUCAGUCGAGACCGUUCAACCAGAAGCCAUGGUUCUCAGGGCUCGCCCUCAAAGCAUUCAGAAGCUACUUCCAGCGAAGUAGAUCUCGACCAUGCCAACGGGGACAAGCUGAUCGGCAUUACCCCACAGUUCUUGAAUGGAAUGGGCCAUGCUUUGUCAACUUCGAGGCUGGAUCCUUUCCAGCAAUUUCCGGUGGAAUUGACGCCCCAGCAUCAUAAGCUGCUGCACCACUGGAUAGGAACUCAUGCUACCAUGAUGUUCGAGGACCUUGGUAUCCCGACUUUCAACCCAAUGAAGGAUGUUUGGUUCCCACUAGACCUGUCAAACGCGUCAUCCUUUAACGCUAUCAUGGCCCAUUCUGCAGCUCACCUAUCCCAUCUCUAUGCGGGGACAAGUCCUCAAAGAGCAACCAACUCAUCUGACGCCUUGAAAUAUAAAUCUGAGGCAGUAAGAAUACUCCAUGAGUGGGUCUCUAUUCCAGAGAAAGCUCUCAGCUAUGAUGCAUUCGCGGCUGUUAUUCGACUUCUCACAUUUGAGAGAUAUUGGGGCACGGCUGAAGAAUGGAAUAUUCACCGCACCGGUCUCCAAAACAUGAUCGAAGCCAAAGGUGGGAUCGGGGAGCUCCACGGUAACUGGGGUCUGGAGCUUGUUGUCUACCUGUGGGUCGCCCGAAAGUGCCUCUCAAUCUUGAUAAUACUGACUCGUGCAGAGUCUCUCCGAGCCGUCCUCUAA